GGACAGGUGAGCCGCAGCCCAGCGGACGGGAUAACAUUGGUCCCCAUAGAGACAGGCUCCUACAACACCGUUAGACCCGCUAGUCCUCUCUCAGAGGGCGGCGACAGCCUCCGAAUGAACCAGCCGGCUUUUGGACGUUAUUAAUUUCCUCGAAAACAGACUUCCGGAUGGUUGCCAAUCAGAUUUUUUUCUUAUUAUUGGAUUAACGGCCAGCCAGCAGUCACCAGCCAGCAGCCGCAGCAGCUUUAUCCUGAGAGGCCGGAGAUUUGUGUCUCUGGACGGGGAGGAGUCCUCUGUUAUUUCACCACUAUAGCUGAAGCCAGGGCCAGCAUGUCGGACAUUUAUUAACAACACAUCUCAGACACAAGGCUGCUGACGGCACCCAAUGCGCUCUUAGAGGAUGGAUGUGGAGGUGAGUGCUGGCAGGGACAGCACCUGGAGGAGAGCAGCGGCAGCAGCAGCAGAUGAUGCAGGUGGAGGAGGCAUGGAGGCUCAGGUCGUACCUCUGGAGCUCUACGACUCUGCCAGAGCCAAAAUAGACGCAAAUCUCCGCUGGCUGUUCGCCAAAGCUUAUGGUAUAGAUCACAUUCCUGCAGACCUGCGGGACCCCUUCUAUACCGACCAGUAUGAGCAGGAACACAUCAAGCCCCUCAUCAUUCGCCUGCUGCUGUCUGGAGAGCUCUACUGCCGGGUGUGUGGCCUCAUCCUGCACGCGGAGCAGGCCGCUGCUCUCCAGAGCCACCAGACUGUCAUCCAGGCCCUGUCCAGGAAAGGCAUCUACGUCCUGGAAUCAGACAACACACCUGUCUCUGAGCUGGACCUCAGCUCAGCUCCCAUCAAGAUGAGCUCCCACGUGCACCUCAUCGAUGCCCUGAUGACGGCCUAUAUAGUGGAGAUGAUCAGCAUCGAGAAGGUGGUGUCCAGUGUGAAGCGUUUCUCAAACUUCAGUGCCUCCAAGGAGCUGCCUUUUGAUCUACAGGACGCCAUGGUCUUUUGGAUCAACAAGGUGAAUAUAAAGAUGAGGGAGAUCGUAGAAAAAGAGCUGAAAAUGAAGCAACAUUUGCUGGAGUCCCCCAGCCACCAGAAGUCUCCCUCCAAAUGGUAUUGGAAGCUAGUACCUGUUCGUUACCGCAGAGAUCACCUGUCAGGCCGGACGCUGCAGCACUUCCCCCUGUUGGAUGACUUGUUGAAGGAUGUGAGUGACGGCACGGCUCUGCUGGCUGUGAUCCACUUCUACUGCCCAGAACUCAUAAGGCUGGAAGAUAUCUGUCUGAAGGAGGUCCCCUCCAUAGCAGACAGCAUGUACAACAUCCAGCUCCUGCAGGAGUUUUCUAAUGAAUACCUGAACAAAUGCUUCUAUCUGAAACCUGAGGACAUGUUGUAUUCUCCGCCAGUACUGAAGAAUAACGUGAUGGUCUUCAUCGCUGAGCUCUUCUGGUGGUUUGAGAGUGUGAAGCCAGACUUUGUGCAGCCCAGGGACCUACAUGAAAUCAGAGAUGUGAGAUUGCUGCUGCAGCCUAAGAGUUCACGACCCCAUAUUCCCAUCUCCAACGUCACCAAGCGUAGUUUCCUGACAUCAUCACACUCUGCUGACGUCUUGGCCACACCCCCGAGCCCCGACCUCAGCUCUAAACAAAACCCCUUAAGCCCAUCCCACUCCUUACUGCCCCUGAGACAGAGACAACAGAAGGUGGCUGAGGAGAGCACUUCAGAGCUGCGAAAUAGGUCAAACUCUGUGACGCGUGACACGCAGCAUCAGGGCUCAAUACUGGCCUGGCCAGAGAGGAGGCCGAGGCCUGUAUCCCAGCCGGUGCCCUACGCCCUGCAUUAUCCUUUGGAGGAAGACGCAGACAGCAUUAGCCUCGCUCGCUCCAUCAGCAAAGACAGCCUGGCUUCCAACAAAAUGUGCAUUACUCCAAAACACAUGCUGGGUCCACAUCUGCCACAACACAGACUCAGCGGUCAAAGCCUGCUCAGUCACAUGCGCAUAGAGGAUGAAGAGGAAGAAAUAGAAGAGGAGGAGCUGGUCGCUGUAAUCCACCCAUCUGCAUUUUCCCGCCACCGACUUGGUAGUGACAUGGAGCAGGAUGAGCUAGAAAUCCCGGGUGCAACCUUGAGGGUUUCUAAUGCACGUUGCUCUCCCCGCCUCGACAUGGGUCCCUUCACACCCGACCACCCUACAGACAGCUACUAUCUGGAGCCUCUGAUGCCAGCCGUCCCUAAGCCAGCCAAAGAGAAGAGCAUCAGUUUGAACAAGGAGGAGGAGAGCGGUGAAGGGCGCUGUAGAGCAGCAGCAGCCACCAGGAAAACACCCACCAACCUCUCAAGCACCUCACAGAGAAAAGCCCCUGCAUCUGAGUCAAACAGAAAUACCUUUACGCCCAUACAUGAGGCAGAAUCAGUCCCCAGCUCUCUCAGGCCUCCCACAGAGGGGUCAGCAGGCACCUCUCAGUCUGAGAAGAAACAGUCCCCAGGCUUUUUCCUUCAUUCAUCAGGAGAGCCAGACCGCCAGAGUCCUUUCUCCUCCGGGCUGGAGGUAGGACUUGACUCUGACUCUGACAUUGCAGACCUUGAGGAAGACGAGGAGGAGGAGGGUCAGAUGGAGCUGAUUAAAGAGGUGGUUAGGAGAGGAAAGGGGAAAUACUUAGAGCAGGGAGAGAUGUGUGAAUUUAUAGAGGGAGAGGGUGAGUCAGCCAAACUAAGAGAAGACCUGAAGGACAGUGAACGGGACGAUAAGGAAGGCGGCAGUGGGCGCUCGAGCCCUUGCCUCAGCACCAUAUCGUGGGCGAGCAGCUGCAGCGCUUCAGGAAGCACCAGCGUCAAGAUGACCAGCUUUGCAGAGAGAAAGCUCCUUAAACUUGGCCUGCGUGAUGGAUUCUCAAGUACCAGCAGCUCUCAGAAGACCACACCAGAUGGUUCUGAGGUUGCACCAUUUCCCCCCUGGCAGCUGAGGAGCGACAGCACCUCUGGCUGGCUGGGGAAGGAGCCGAGCUCUGUGUUUGGGAAGACUCUAACAGUGAGUCCCCCCGUAGUGCCUUCAGAGCUGCUGCAACUUCACAUGCAGCUGGAAGAGCAAAGACGUGCUAUUGAGUAUCAGAAAAAGAAGAUGGAGACCCUUUCAGCACGGCAGCGACUAAAGCUCGGGAAAGCCGCGUUCUUGAACAUCGUUAAGAAGGGCGGAGGGAAGAGUGACACGCUUCCCCUGCCGCUGAAACACUCCCAGACGUCCUCAGAACUAGCUGACAGGAGUAAAGCGAAGACCCAGUCAUGCAAGGAUGACUCUUGUCUUGAGGCUAUGAAAGUGCAGGCAAAAGCAGGUCAAACAGAGGCGGGGCAGAUGAACAAAAACAACAGGUUGAACACCCUAUCCCAGGACAACGGGGCUGAGCCUGACUUGAAUGAGUGUUCCCACUCCAUAGAUCUUCUCAACGAAGCUAUUAGUUCCAUUCAGCAGCAGAUGAUGCAGCUGUCUUUGCAGCAGGACCUGCUGAUGAAGCGCGUGGUGUCGCCUCCAGAACAUGCAGAAUCAAGCCCGAGCACAACCCUGAACACAACACAAUCACCACCCUCUACCUCAGACUCCAGAUCUUUUGCAGUUCACUUUGUAGAUAUCAGCGGCAGCAACACUGCCCCGGCUCGCCGUCCUCCAAAGCUCAGCUCCAGCCAACGCAGCAAAGCCUCGGAGCAAAAACAAAAUAGAGAGAACAGCAAAACGGCUUCUAUAAAGUCUAACACUCAGUCCCCGGAGUGCAGAGAAAAUUCUGCUGGAUUCCAGGAGAGGAGUAAUAUUGAGAGCACAAGGAUUAAAAGAAACACCACCUUCAGAGUCCGAGAGGAUUCAGACAAACGCAGCAGUGAGGGCACUGGGUGCCUCUUUGACACUACAUUGAUGUCCCCCUCACAGACUGCAGAAGAAGAGGAGGAAACAGUUGCCAAUUCAGGGAAAGAGGCUGCGAGUGGAGAUGAGAAUGCCAGGGCCAAGGGUCUUCUGAUCGAGGUGGACCUAUCAGAGAUUAAGGAUCCAGCGGAGGACGGCAGUGCAGACGUUAUGGACUGCACAGCAGAAGGCGAGCAGAAGAAUGUGCUGGGUUUCUUCUUUAAGGAUGACGAGAAAGCAGAGGAUGAAAUGGCGAAACGUCGUGCCGCUUUCCUCCUCAAACAGCAACGUAAAGCCGAAGAGGCGAGACUGCGCAAACAGCAGCAAGAAGUUGAAAGUGAGGUCAAACGUGAUGAGAUCAGGCGUAAGGCAGAAGAGGACCGUGUUCGUAAGGAGGAGGAGAAGGCACGACGAGAGCUAAUUAAGCAGGAAUACCUGCAGAGGAAGCAGCAAGCGCUGAUGGAAGAGCAAGGUCUGGUCAAGCCUCGCCCACGGACUAAAUCCCGCAGGAGCAGGCCUAAAUCACUGCACCGUGAGGAAUCCAGCGGCCUAUCCAAGGGAUCCACCACACCUGAUCUGAGCUGCAGUUAUCGAGGAUCAACGCUUUCUUUGGCGACUGAGGCGGACAGCGUCAUCUCUGGAGGGGCAGAGUCACAGAGGGCUGGAUCUGUGUGCUCUAUGGAGUCGUUUCCCAUGCUGAGCAGGGCGUCCAGCAGGAACAUGGAGAGAGACUGGGAGAACGGAUCUAUAGCUUCUUCCAUUACUUCAACUGAGUACAAUGGUCCUAAACUGUUCAAGGAGCCGAGCUCCAAGUCCAACAAGCCAAUCAUCAUCAAUGCCAUUGCUCACUGCUGUCUGGCUGGAAAAGUCAAUGAGACCCAGAAGAACGUUAUUCUGGAGGAGCUUGAAAAGUGCGAGUCCAAUCACCUGAUCAUCCUCUUCCGUGACGGCGGGUGCCAGUUCCGCGCCAUUUAUUCGUACUCCCCAGACACAGAGGAGAUCAUCAAGUUCACAGGCACAGGGCCGCGCAGUAUCGGCCGGAAGAUGAUCGACAAGCUCUACAAAUACAGCUCGGACCGCAAGCAGUUCAACAUCAUCCCCGCCAAGUCGGUGUCGGUCAGCGUGGAUGCCCUGACCAUCCACAACCAGCUGUGGCAGGUCAAGAGACCGGGGAGUGCAAGGAGGAAGUGAGAAAGAUGACUCUUGUUAUAGUUUAUGUUCUACUGUUGGGCAGGACCCAAUAAUUUCUGAGAUGAUUGACAUGUGAUCAUGUGACUGACAUGUCAUCAGACGAGGGGGGGUUAGAUGUUCUUAUUAACGGAGAUGUCAGUCUGUGGCAGCGUGAGAAUAUGAAACACCUGCCAACUGAAUGUUUUCUUUGUCUCGUUAGCUUUUUAUUCUGCAUGUCACACUUUUAAUUUGUGGGUACAUCCUGCAUUGAUUAGGCAGUACUGAUGAUUCCUAUGUAGCGGUGCAAGGAGAUCAAGUCGAGGACUACUGAAUCUACUCACAGUAGAAAUCAUACUACUGAUACCAAGUGCAACUACUGACAGGCAAUGGUGGACAUUCACUUGAUUAUGCUAUUUCAGCUUGGCAAAAAAAUACCCAACUGCUGUGAUUAAUCCAGGCUCCACAUACAGAGCCCCAAUUAUUCACCAGUAACUUGUACUGGUCAGUGCUUUUAUGAAGAGGGAACUAACUUUUUAUAUGUAAGUAUGGAAUGGAUGUUAGUGAGUGGUAAUGUCCAGUCUUGUUUUCUAUUUAGUGUGUUUGCGGAAGUGUGUGAGUCUUUGUGCUAGGGAAGGGGAGAGCUGAAUGCACCGCUUGUGCAUCCUGGUCAUAGACUGUGGAAAAGAAAUGAACGUAGUCACCGUGAUGAAGCCUCAAAUUUUGCUUUGCCAUCACCUUCUUUGCUGUUUGGAGCGAGAAGUGACCAUAUUUGGAUGAGAGGGAGGAGUUAGGUUAUCCGUUAAUGCUAGUGUCAUCCUUUUCCUUCUGCUUAUUCGGGGCUGGGUUGCGGGGGCAGCAGGCUAAGCAAGGUAUUCGAGGCGUCCCUCUUCCCAGUAGUGUUUUUAAGGUCUUUUUGGGGAACCUUGAAGCGUUCCAAGAUCAGAAGAGAUAAGUAUUCUCUCCAGCGUGUUCUGGGCCUCUUACCAGUUAGACGUGCCCGGAACAUCUCAAAUAACAGGAGGCAUCCUGAUCAGACGCCGAAACAACUGCCCCUUUUGAGACAAAAAGCAGCGGCUCUACUGCUGUCUGAGAUCGACUGUCAGGUUAGAAAUGACAACUUGUAGAAAGCUUCUUGUUGUAUGGCAGCCAGUGUUGCAGUAUUACGUUAACUCUCAUUGCUAGUGCUCUAAGCCAAAUUUAAUGAUUUUGGCGGACAACUCGUCAGUUGAAAGUGAAAGAGAUGGAUAUUUUGUUUUGUGUGUGCACUUUCCCUGCACAGAAUUCAAUCAUGUCCUUAAGCAUAUCCUGCUUUAUUAUCUAUUUUACUUAAAAUGGGACCACAAGUUUAAAAAAAGAUCAUCAUGCUAUGUUGAGACUUGAAACUAGCAAUUGAGGCCAUAAACUCACUAGUAAAAUGUUUACUGAAGUUAUAAAUCAAUUGAAAAGUAAAGUUACUUUGUUAUUGAUUUUUAUUAAAUCUUACUUCUUUUUGCAACCAGUGCAGUCGCCCCCUGCUGGCCUUUAGAAAGAACGCAGGUUUCUAGGCACUUCUGCAUUGGCUUCACUUUUUAAACCUGGAGGCUUCGUCCACUUCUUUUCUACAGUCUGUGAUCCUGCUCUGAAUGUGUUCUCUCACUUUCUUUAUUAUGCUUUAAUACUGCAACAAAACUAUGGAGCAAAGCAACAAUUUUUAUUUUCAGUUUGGGAGCUGUGUGCUGCGGUUACAGAAACAGAAGAGAAAUCAUUUUUACAGACGGGGAAAUUGUACUAGUAUUCCAAACAGGAAGCGCUUCUCAGACUCAGUGCAUUAUACGUUUUCAGUAGUGCAUUAUAUAUACUUAUAUUCCAGCACCAGUACGAGCCACCUGAGAUCCCUGACUGGCUCAUACUGCUGAACCAAAAUGAACCGAGCUAUGCCACUGAGCCGUUUGCUGCUCAUUAACUGCUCACUGAUUUCUUUCUGGUGAGACGUACGGUUUUAAUGUAGCUUCUGGCGCUCAACA